AUGAUUCAGUGUUUCGACGCGCUAGAGAUUCGCGCUGGAGACGCCUGCUGCCAAACGUGCAUAAAAACACCUUUUACAAACAACUGUAAAUGUUUCAUUGAAAAGACCAUUUUGGGAGAUUUUCAGAAGGAGCAGGAAAAAUUUGUCCAAGAGAAAAAUGCAAAGAAAACAGACGCUGCGGUGCCGCCCUGGGUCGGAUACAACGAGGAGGAAACCAUUCAGCAGCAGAUACUCGCUUUAUCCGCUGACAAGAGGAACUUCCUGCGCGACCCUCCAGCCGGAGUUCAGUUCCAGUUCGACUUUGAGCAGAUGUACGCCGUGGCUCUGGUGAUGCUGCAGGAAGACGAACUGCUCAACAGGAUGGAGCAGAAGAGCGCAGCGACGCCGCAGAACGAGAACAUCUCAGAAACUCUUGGAAAAAGAAGUGAACCUGUAUUUUGCUGCUUCACAGACACCAUCCGACCGAAAACACCGCCUGUGGCCAUCAGCGCUAAAACCAAGGCUAGCGAGGAAGAGGAAGACAUCUCCACCAGCCCCGGCGUGUCUGAGUUCGUGAGCGACGCGUUCGACGCCUGCGAUAUAAACCAGGAGGAUCUGAGGAAAGAGAUGGAGCAGCUGGUGCUGGAUAAGAAAGACGAAGAGACGGCCGACUGGGAGAAGGAGCUGCAGCAGGAGCUUCAGGAGUACGAGGUGGUCGUCGACCCGGAAAAUCGCGACGAUAACUGGGACCGUGAGAUCGAGGAGAUGCUGCAGGACGACAGCUGAAGCGUGACAGCGCCUCCUCUGGUGUGGAGGACGCACUGCUGUGCCUCAGCGCUCAAAUGAAGAAAUCAGCAGGACGUUUCUACCAUUUCAUCAAUCUGACCGGACUGAAAUAUCAGGGUUUCCUAUAAGAAUGCUUAAUAAAUGCGAUGUUUAGCAGUAGAGGGAUUCGGUGAGGUGCCAACAUGCACAGAACUAAG